CUUAAAAACACUGAUAGCAGAACAUAAAAGAUUCAAGUAUUAAACUGCUGAAAAUGAAAACAUUCACUGCUGCAGUUGUCGGGGCCGUUGUGCUCGUUUUUAUUUGCAUUCAGGGCUACACUGCCUUCCCAUUCACUACAGUGGAAGAGCUGGAGGAGGAAAUGAGCAACAAUAAUACUGCUGCAACGCAGGAAGAGACAUCAGUAGAAAUAUGGAUGAUGCCAUUUGACAUCAGGGAGAAUAGCCACGCUAGCCCCGUUAGAUGCCGUUAUUGCUGCGGCUGCUGCCAUCUCGGUGGCUGUGGCAUGUGUUGCCAGUGAGGAUUCAAGCGUCCUGCUGAGAUUUGUGUAGCUUCCACCAGAAGCGGCGUUAUGUUCUUGUCUUCAGUUAAAAACCUGAUGUCACUGUACUUUGUCAUGCUGUAUUUACUAUGUGUGCUCAGUGACGUCACUGCAUCACCAGCAUAUUAUCAUUGCAUUC